AUGGAUAGAGGACGGAAAGGUCGUCGGCACUCGGUGCCCCAUGUUCAGAUGAGGGAGGAUGGCGGUAGUGGAAAUAUAAGCUCCUCGUCACGCUCUAAGCUCGCAAUUAUAGCUCCACGCAACGAGAAGGAUAAGGGAAUUGGCCCAUCUCGGUCUCCGAAGGAUGGUGUCUUCAAGGAUAGAUUGCCACCCCGUUCUCGGACUGGUUGUUGUGAGGAACAUCCCGUCUGUAGCCAAUGUGCUCGGCUACAGCAUCAGUGUGACUAUCAUCCGAGGCUCUCCUUCCGUGAUGAUACCCGUCGUAUCGUAGAUCGGAUGCCUGAAGUCUCCACCGUCGGGAGCGUAACAUGGGACCGGAAAGCACGCUUGAGACGGACCUCGAUCAUUGCAAGAGAGCCCGCGAUUAGCCCGGAAGCUCUUGCAUUGCCACCUUUCCAUCAGCUAGGGAACGACGAGGAACGAGAAUUGAAAGCUUCGACUCGACCACCUGCGACUUUCAAUCUUGUACUCACACAGGAGAGCUUCGAAAAUCAAGAAAAUGACGUCGAGGUAAAGACGGAAUACGACGCAAACGACUUAGCCUCACCACUGAGGGAGAAAAUAAAAGUUGAGGACGAUGUGAGCCCAAUUUCUGAACGGAUUCCGUCUUUCAGACGGACUUUGGUGAAUCAAGCGAUUUCUUCGUCCCCGAGUAUGGCGUCCGAUCCCGACAUUGUAAUUCUGGCACGAUUCGAAGAACCUGCAAUUAAUCUGCCCAAACCUGCUUCACUCACACCGACCACAAAUAGCUCUGCAGGCCGACGCCUGUCUGUUGCUUCUGUCCGUUCCGCUGGCCAAAGUUCGACUGCGACAUCUAAAAGCUCGCCCCAACUAGAUGGUCCGAAAAUCUUACCAACUGUUAUUCCAAAAGAAGAGCCUGUCCAUGUUCAUCUACCAUUUUCGAUACCAGAUUAUGGCCUCACACUCAAUCCAACGGACUCUCUUUACUUGAAUUACUAUCGAAGCUAUGUUUCGCAACAUGUUUUCCAUGUUAGGGGCGUUGGAAGUAUCUGGAAUCCAGCGUCGAUUCACGGCGAGGACUUUUUCGACUUGGAGGCCACUAGAUUUCCGCCGCUUUUUCAUGCGAUGAUGGCAGUGUCAGCUUUCAGUUUCGAGCACAGGAGUCCAAAUGGGAACAACUUUGUCCAGUCUUUACAACAUUACCAAGCUGUUCUACCGGCCCUACAAUCCAGCCUAUCGAGCCCAGUCGACUUAACAUCGGACGGGAUUAUUUACACACAUUUCUUUCUUUUGCUCUAUGAAAUUGCAGCAGCGGAAGCUGGACGGCCGAAUCUAUGGCAACAACAUCUAUCUCAGCUACGCAGUUUCCUCUUCGAAAGGGUUUUGCACGAUACUUCGGGAGCGACCCCGUUUAUCAUCUGGUACUUGGUUGCAAUCGAUGUUAUCUCCUCGCUAGCAGGGGUUGAAGACGGGGAUCUUACAGAAUCUUUCUUGAGAAGCCAUCUUAUCACGGAUUUCAAGAAAACUUUUGCGCCCAGCGCAGUAGCGGACGGUCUUUCGAUAUAUUCUUCACCGGCUCACCAAGCAUUAGAAAGCGAGGCGUUUCUUCAAGCUCUUUCUUUGAAUCAGGAACUAAUCCUUCUGGGAUCGACGAUUGCGAAAACUCGGAUUGCAUUGAAAACAUCGACUCCAUUAGUCACAGAAUAUGGGUCGGACGACGCUUGUUCAAGCUCAGAUAUACAAGCCUCGGUUAGAGAAUCGCAAAUUCACCAGAUUUUAGAGGAGCUACAGCGAGUUUGGAUAUUCCAUCAAAAUGGGAUGACGAAUCUAGCAACAGAAACGGAUAGCGCAAUGUCCACCCGGCUCACGGUUCUUCAAAGCCAGGCGAAACUCUUUUACCACGCACUUAAUCUUUAUGCUAGGACUAGCAUGUGGCCCAACCAGACACGAGAAACUGCAGACGUUGAGACUAAUUCAAAUGAAAUCGCCCUUUCGAUCCGAGCCAUCAUGUCAGAAUCCGCACAGGUUCUCAACAACCCAGCAGUUUUCUUCAGCACGGGCUUUCUCAUAUUCCCUCUUUUCAUGGCGGGUAUCUCAGCAACUGACGCACGAGACCAAGCAUGGGUCCUUGACGCCCUUACUCGAGCGGGCGUUCACACAGUCGGCCGCAAUUGUACCGUCGUAAAAUCAGCUCUACAAACAAUUUACCAACAUCAGAAUCAAAACGCCGCCUUGCAUCCGGUUGGAGCCGUUGCCUCCACCAGCAGGUCAUGGCAAGAUAUCCUUUGCGGUUUCGGAGUCCAAGUGGCACUUUUUGGGUUUUAA